GCUAUGACGCCCUGGCCGUUUCUAUGCUGGUGACUGAACAAACAGAGAGACUGUUAACUUGACUUUCUCCUAAACGGCGUUUCGUUUUUCUAUAAAACCUCGAUACAUAUAAAAUGCUGCUUCGUAUUUUAGAGAUAGUUUUUUUCCUUUAUUUUGCCUCGCACGUUCCGAUUACUCUCUUCAUUGAUCUCCAGGCACUGCUACCAGAGCACGUGUACCCUCAAGCGCUCAGAGAUGUUCUGCACUGGUAUGCAGCUGAGUUCAAAGACCCCAUGGUGCUGGCUCCACCCGCCUGGUUUAAAUCCUUCAUAUUUUGUGAAGCUCUUGUCCAGUUGCCUUUCUUCCCCAUCGCUGCAUAUGCCUUCUUAAAAGGCAACUGCAAAUGGAUCAGGACUCCAGCAAUCAUCUACUCCGUGCACGUGGCCACCACCUUAAUUCCCAUCCUAAGCCAUAUCUUACUCCAUAAUUUUCCAAGAGGACCUCUUCCAGGUCCGCAGACAUCCAAGGAGCGAUGGAUGCUGGUGUCCGUGUACGCUCCGUACCUCCUCAUUCCCAUCAUCCUGCUCCUCACCAUGCUCUUCAGCUCCAAGUAUAAUUCUGCCUCUUCAAGUGCCAAGGCUUCAUCCAAGACCAAGAAGAUGAAAUAAAAUCUUUGGAUUUCAUUACAUCCAUCUUUUUUUUGCUGAUUAAAAAAAAAUAUCUUUUUGGUUUUCUAUCUAUCGAUCUAUCUAUGAUCAGAUUAAAAAGUUUUGAGACUUGUUUUGUAACACACCAACAGAUGUCAGUGUGCCAAAAGACAUCAUCCUGUGUACAUCUAGAACUGUGCAACUGGUGCUAUCCUCACUCUGUGCGUCAUCGCAUCAUCUAUUUCAUCAUGGACAGCAAGUUAGACAAGAGGGUCCUGUGCACCCUAUAGUGCUUGAGGCCGAAAUAGAACAAAGGUAGAUUGUGAAAUUCUAUGCUAAACUGUAAAAAUCUGACAGAAAGAUUUGAUUUGACUUGUUUCAGCGAUGCUGCAAAAAGUAAUUCAAAGUGUUUAAAGUGGCACGCUUGUUCAAGAGCAGAAGAACAUCACUGGAAGACAACUUGGGUGUACAGGUAUGAUCCCAGUCUCCAUGGUUGAAGAACCCAACAUCUCCAAGGGCAAAAAGGCAAAGUGGGUCCAUGAUGGAUAAAGAAUUAGUCCCCAGUCCGUCAAUAGCGAAUUCUACUGCCAGGUUUUAAGGCGUCUGAGGAAAGACGUACAGCGAAAGUGACCUGAUCUGUGGUGCGUGAAUCUCGAAACUUUUUUAUAGCUAUGCAUACAUAUAUAUAUGUAAAUAAAUAAACAAAUGAAUAAAUAAAUAAAU